AUGGCAGAAUUAUUCGACGAGGACUUUUUCAGCAUAGAUGCAUUGUUAAAUGAUGAAGCAAAUAUGGAAGACAAUCAAUCAAGAACAAGUGAAGAAAGUGAUGAGAUUAAUAAAAAUCAGAUUCAUGAAGAACCACAACAGCAACCUAAAAGCAGAAAGCAAUUAACUGUUAUGCAAAAAAGGGAGAUGGUUGAUGCUAUUCUUUUGAAGUUAGAUGGGGAGGAUUUUCCACGAGGCUUUCUAUCACAAAUAGCAAUAAAUUUUAACAUUCACAGAUCAACAACACUUAGGCUAUUCACAAAAAUUAAGAAACAAAUGGCUCAAGGGAAUGUGAUAGAUGUCAGAAACAAAAGGCUUGGCAAAACUGGACCAAGACCCACAGAGUACACUGAUGAGUUUCUGCAGUCAGUCCCUUUGUACAAAAGGACAACUGAGAGAAGCUAUGGAGCUGCUCUGAAUAUCUCACAUGUUACCAUUCACAAGUUGAAGAAAAAAGGAAGGCUAAGAACACAUACAAGUACAAACCACCCAGCUCUGACAUCCAACCACAAAAUAGCAAGACUGAAAUGGGUUUUAAGUCAUUUGCUGCCUGCUGAGCAGAAUGGUAAUCCAAAGUUUGAAGACAUGCAGGAAGUCAUACACAUAGAUGAAAAGUGGUUCUACUUGAACCCCGAAACAAGAAGGUUUUACCUGCUGCCUAAUGAACCAAACCCAUAUAGGUGCCAACAGUCCAGAAGAUUCAAGGUUAAAGGAAUAUUCAUGGCAGCCAUUAGCAAGCCUAUUUUUGACAGCCAUGGACAUGUGCUACAUGAUGGAAAGUAUGGAAUCUUUCCAUUUGUGUAUGAGAACAUUGCAAAGAAAGAAGUAAGAACAGAGAAGCAGGGGCUGUUGAAAUUAAGGCAACUCAAAAUGUAA